AUGUGGGUGAAGAACAGUGGGGUAUCGACGGAGCGCGCCUCCGUCAUGCUGCUUGGUGACAGUGACGGCAACAAGUUCAUGCCCUACAUUGUCUUCAAGACGAAGCCUUCCAACGACCAAUCUAUCCGAGACCACACCGACCGACAUAAGUGUGGCUUUGGUCACCGUAUCUGGAAGGACGUCCGCGAAAUUAGACGUACGACAGGGCUGGAGGAGCCCGUGCUGCUUCUGUGGGACGACUUGAGUGGACACUGGACGGGCCUGGUCAAGAGCUACACGGUGUUCAUCAACGGCUUCCUGCUCAAGGUCCCGCCUCACACCACGGUAGCGCUCUACAUGCGAAAUGCGGUAGAUCUCAAACCGAGUACUGUGUGUUAG